CCAAUAUCCACCAGCGCCGCCACUCUCGGAUGGAUUGAACAUUGACUUGCGCGCGUGUCGUUCGCACAAGUGAGCCGGCCGGCUUCAUAUCGCCGUGCUCUCCUCACUUCACCCCCUCUUCUUCCUUUUUCCCUGUUGCACUGCCACAACAGCCUUUUCCUUCUGCAAGAGCAGACACGCGUGUGUUCCAUCCAACCAAGCCGCUUUCUCCCUUCUGGCUUCGCCCUCCUUCCGUUUCAUCCCAUCCCCCCCCCCUAAACACACACAGCCCUCCUCGCCCUUGCUAUGACGGUGACGCACACUGGCAACACAGAGGACGAGAAGCUGCUCCCGACCAGUGCGCGGCUUCACCAAGGCCUCAUGUCAUCUCCACAGAAACCCACGCCUCCGCCGGCAUCCCAAUCACACCACCACCAUCAUCAUCAACUGCACAGGCGCGGCAGCAGUGCAGGCGCCCACAGGGGAAGCGACACUGCGCUCGCCUCAACCCCGGUUGCAGACCAGCAGCCGCGCAGCCUGACAAACCCGCCAACAGCCACCUCCUCAACCACCACAUCCACCGCGUCCAUGUCUGUCACGCCGGCCCGCGGCAACAGCGUCAACUCGCUGCUGCCCUCCAAACCGCCCAGCGCCCGCUCGGGCUCCUUCCGCCGCCGCCCGCGCCUCUCAUCCAAAACAUCGCCCGACCACACCGCCAACACCACCGCCAGCAGCAGCCCCUCCGCCAUGUCCGCACAGCGCCAGCCGCAGCCGCCAAUCAGCUUCACCCUCGGCGGCGGCGACGACGAAGACGACGACAGCGGCGAUGACAACGACAACAACGGCGACGCCUUCGACUACAGCCCCUCCCGCUCCCCCAUCCCGCCAGAUGGCGCCCCACCAAACACCACGGCGCUGCGCAUGCACGGAACGCAGUCGCCUUCGCCACGCGCGCGUGUCGGCAGCAUGGGCGGUCGCCGGCGCAUCCCGUCCACAUCAGGCAGCAGCAACGUCUUCCUCUUGUCAGACAGCAGCGCCGCCAACGGCACCGGCAAUGGCACGCGGCGAGACAGCUCCACAGACCCGCACAUGCGCGCACGGGCGAGGAGUGCUCGUGCGCGGUCCUUGUCCAACGCAACAAACGCACGUGCGCAACCAAACAGCAGCAGCAGACGCAGCUACGAUAUGGGCAGCGACCGCAACGCUGCCACCACCGCCCACGCAAACGGUUCCAGCAACGGCAACCACGUUGGCGCGAACACGAAAGGGGCGGCUGCUGAUGAGCUGUCUGAUGGGUCGCUCGUGUUUGGAUUCGGCACGCUGCUGGACAGGCAGUCCCGUGAUGGCGGUGACGAUGACUAUGACGAUGAGAUUGGCUUGUUCAGUUCGUCGCCAGUUCCCGGGCAGACAGGCACCAAUGACAACAGCAGCAGCAGCAACACUGACACCCUCACCACCACCAACGGCAUCAACGGCAACGCUGCCAACACAAACAACAACGCUGAGGACGACGAUGAUCCGAUUAUGAAGCGGCUGCACACGGAUGACCCUGACCCGACCAUUGCGCCCGUGCCCAAGAAACCCAUUGACCUGCAUGCUUCUCUCCCCGACUAUGAGCUCAAGAAGACGCUUGGCGAGGGCGCCUUUGCCAAAGUCAAGCAGGCCGUGCACAGAAUAUCAGGCAUCUCCGUUGCGAUCAAGAUCAUCUUCAAGGACAACAUCACGGCAGACUAUGUGCGCGACAACCUCCACCGCGAGGGCGCCCUUAUGCGCCAGCUCCACCACCCGCACAUCAUCAAACUCUACGAAAUCAUCGAGACUGAGGACCUGUACUGCCUGGUGAUGGAGCUUGCGACCGGGGGCGAGGUGCUCGACUACAUUGUGGCCCACGGAUCCCUCAGCGAGAAGGAGGUGCGCAAGUACUGUCGGCAGAUGGUGCAGGCCAUCGACCACCUGCACAAGGCCGACAUUGUCCACCGUGACCUCAAGACUGAGAACCUCCUCCUCGACCACAACCUCAAUCUCAAGCUCGUUGACUUUGGUCUCAGCAACUCCAUUCGCGACAAGACCACGCUGGAGACCAUGUGCGGCUCCCCGGCGUACACCGCGCCUGAACUCCUGGGCGGCAAGCAAUACGGCAAACCCGUCGACAUCUGGAGCAUCGGGGUGAACAUGUAUGCGAUGCUGACGGGCAAGCUUCCCUUCUCAAGCCACAACGUGACCACCCUCCACGCCAUGAUCCUCGACCAGCAGUACACCAUCCCAGACAAGAUCUCAGAAGAGUGCAAAGACCUGUUGUGCAAGCUGCUUGUGGCCAAGCCCAAGGACAGAAUCUCCAUGGACGAUCUCCGUAACCACCCCUGGCUCGCUCAAGGCGACGGUCCCAUUGCCGCCGACCCCGGCCCCAACGGCAGGAAACUGAACAUCAACAACGAAAUUGUCGACUACAUGGUCACGCUUGGCCACGACCGGGAGGAGGUGCUCGAGUCGAUUGAGGGCCAGUGCUGCAACCCGCCGUACGCGUGCUACCACCUGCUCGCCGUGCGGCUGGAGCGGACUGGGCACCUCAAGCCCCGCGGAUCCUCUGCCAGCGCCGGCAGCCGGAAGGGCAGCGGCCGCCUCACCCGCGCCAUGACAGAGGUCAACCUCUCCACCCUCAACACAGCGGCGGCACCACCGUCGUCUUCAACGUCAUCGUCGCGUCACGGCCGCCAGCAGAGCACGCAUGGCAACGGACCCAAUGCUGCCAACGCAAACGCGAGCGCAACAGCAGGCGCUGCAGGGCGGUUUGCAGGGACGGGCCGACGGCAAUCGCUCUCUGGUCUGCGCCCGCCGCGUCCAAAGCACUCGCGCACACGCGGGGCGCGCUCACCCGUCGCCCCAACCCGCGAUGACAAGACAGGCAGCCCCGUGCCCGCCACGGGUACCGCCACCACGACUGUCAACGGCAGCAGCGGUAAUGGCAGCGGCGUGCCACAGGUCAUCACAACUGCGCCGCCACCAGCCGUGGGCAACUCACCCAUGUCGCGCACAUCGAGCAACGGCACGCUGUCCUCUGGUGGCGCCUCGUGCACGACAACCCCGCAGCGGUCCUUCCAUCGGUCACGGAGCUCCACAGACACGGUGAGCCGGCGCCGCCACUCCAUGCGCAAGGCGUCAACGGACCAGCCGCCCGUGUUGGAGGAGGUGGACGUGGAGCCCGCGGAUGACGUGGCGCUGGUCGAAGAGGCGACACGCACACACGGACGGCGCCGCACGCUGUCGUCGCGGAUGCUGAGCAGGAACUCACUCAACUUGGAUGACACACUGCACGCAAACGACACGUGCACCCCCGCCCGACAGCACGCUGCAGGUGCCGAUGUGCCGACGCGUGCAGUGCAACAGCAACAGCAACAGCAGCAAUCGCAGCAAGGGCGCGCGAACGCUGGGCGGCGCGCAACGCUGCAUGCGACCAACAGAGCAGCGGUGCUCAAGUCUCUGCGACGCACCCAAGAUGAAGGCCAGCAGUCUGCUAGCACCGCCACCAACGGGAACAUCCACGGCAACGGGCACAUGACCGCAACAAAGACGGAAGAGAUUGAUCUGACUGCGGCGAUGUCGACGACGCGCCGCCGCUCAAGCGUUUCGCGCCGGUCCUUGCGUGGGUCGCAUGCAAGCAGCACACAGGGUAGCACACAGGGCAGCGCCAAAGACCUCCUGCCCGACAUCCACAAGGGCGUGCACCCGUCGCAUAGCAGGCCCUCCUCCUCCACACACACGCGCGUGCGUUCCGGCAGCACGCGGCGGCGAUCUGGGGAGCGGCAGGCAUCGACCUCGUCGCUCGCACCGCCAUCAUCCCGAGAGCCGGACCCGAGCAACAUCCAGACGAUUCGCUAUCCCCUCAACAGACGCAUGGUUUCCGCCCGCUCGCCGCUGGAGAUCUUCGAGCAGCUGCAGCGCGCCCUGCGUGCACUCGACAUGCCCUUCUGGGCGAGCUCUGGCACGGACAUGGGUGUGGUGUGCCGCAGCGGUGGUGUGCGGCUGGAGGCAGAGGUGGUGAAGAUUGCUGGCCUGAGCAUGCAUGGCGUGCACAUGCAGCGCCAGCGUGGUGACCUCGAGACAUAUGCAGAGAUCUGCACCAGAAUCCUUGACGAAAUGAACCUCUAACUGACAACGUCGUGGUGUGCAUGUUCGUGUCUUUCUUGUGGGAUUGUGUGCGUGCGUGCAUGUCUCGUACGUCUGUGUUGAUGUGUAUGUUUGGGUGUUUGUAUCUGCAUGUUGAUUGUGUGGGUGCGUGUGAAUGCGUUUAACCUCCCGUCGUUGGGUUGGCCGGUGUGCAAUGGACCAUCCACCACAGGUGCGCGAGUCAUGAUGGUGGUGUUGAUGGCAUGUCACCGAUGUUUUGGCUCAUACCACUCCUGCUUCUUUGGUUCUGUUCGUUGUAAGCUUCCUUUUGUUGACAUAGCUUUCAUUUUUUUGAUUCCUUCUUUAUUUGAUUUACGUCAAGGUUGUGUGUGUGUGUGUGUGCGUGUGUGUGUGUGUGUGCGUGUGUGUGUGUGUGUGCGUGUGCGUGUGUGUUGCUUUGCGUGCAUUGAUGGCCGCGCGGGCAAGUGCGUGAGUGGGAGUGAGAGAGACAAGAGGCAGAGGCAGUGGGGUUCGCUGACGCCCCUCGUCUCUGUGCAGCUUUCGUUGUCGUCGCCUUUUCUUUGUUUUUUCCCCGUUUUGAAUAAGCUCGCCUGUUCCCUUUCUUUGUUUUGUGGUACCUGUUCAAGCGUUCACGUCACUGUGCUGCCUCUUCCGCUUGGCUUUUGCUGAUCUGUGGCGAACGCUGAGGCCGUGCAGCCCUCACGCUGUCAUAUGGCGUGUGAUCAACGUCCCAACUGCAGUCAUUCGUUUCUUGGCAUGACAGCAAGCCAUGUGGUGCUUUGUGACGUGCCUUCUCUCGGUGUUGUGCUGGUCCUCUGCCAAGCAUGUGUGUGCACUUUGUUGACGCCAAGUAUGUAUUUUGCCCCUCUUUGUUUUGGAAGGGUGUCAAUGCGUGUACGUAGAGGGGUGUGGCUGUUUGUCGUUCCUGUUCUGUCUCUUGACCAUUCUGUAUGAUUCGCUCCCCAUCCAACCAGUAAACCACUCUCUUCAUGCC